AAUUUUCUUCCGGUCAUUCUCCGCGCGGAGGAGCUUGGGCCGACCCGCCUAUUACGUCGGGGCGCCCACUGUUAUCAUUAAGCCGCAUGUCUCCUAGUUGCGGAAAUCCGCCAUGUCGGUGUGCAAUUGAUUCGACAUGCGUCUUGUUCUCUUAUCGAAAAGACCCCGAUGAAGACAAUCCUGACGGUUCUGCUGCCCUUUCAUCGUCUAGUCUUUCAUAGCCCCGCGACACCGACUGUUAGCGUACUGCGACUCCGCACUGUACCACGACCGAUCGAACGAACGUCACGUUAGGUCGCAGUCUACGCGCAGAAAUUGCUUGUUGCCUCUCAUCUGUUUUGUUAUUUGCUUGUCGUUCAUUGAUUAUUUAUUUUAAUAUUCGUCAUGGACCAGCAGGUAAAUAGACUGGUUGAGAAGGUCUGGGCUGAAUUCCGCUCCACGCCGAGUAAUGCCCGCCUGAUGAUCGCAAUAAGUGGAAUCCCAGGUUCCGGGAAGACGGAGCUGGCCAGCGUCAUGGCCAGACGGGUUAAUCAAAUCUACACUUCCGAGAAGCCAGGCCCUGCCCCUAUUGCAACUGCGAUUCCCAUGGACGGGUACCAUCUGACACGCGCACAACUCGCUCAGAUGCCGGAUCCCGAGUACGCUGCUGCCAGGCGGGGUGCGGCUUUCACUUUUGACGGGGGAAAGUUCCUUGAGCUUGCUCAGUCACUGAGACGAGAAAUUACCGCUGAGACUCCAAACCUUUAUGCACCGAGUUUUGAUCACGCGAUUAAAGACCCCGUAGAGAACGAUAUCGCCAUUCCUCCCACAUGCCGGGUCAUCUUCUUUGAAGGGAAUUAUUUGAGUCUGAACCGGGAGCCAUGGAGCACAGCCGCAAAGGUCAUGGAUGAACUAUGGUUUGUUGAUGUGGACUUCGAAAUCGCUCGGAAGAGACUAGUCCGAAGACACCUUCAAGCUGGGCUUGCAAAGACAGAGGAGGAGGCGGACAAACGGGCCACAGAGAACGAUCUGGUCAAUGGGAAGGAAAUUGUGGAUAAUAGGUUGGACGUUCAAGAGAUUGUUGUCAGUCACUAUGACCCUGCUUGGGAAAGAUGAUUCCUGUUUGCUUUAGCGUUUCCCCCUUCUUUCUGAGAUGGGCUGAGAUUGACUGCUUUUUUUUCUCUUUGCAGAAUGGCAAUGCCUGAAUAGGACAUGGAAACACCUGUCCGCUGCGUUUGGAGCGCUGUGAUUGCCGUGCAUUAUUUCCAUGCGUAUCUCCCUCUCCCCUCUACCUAAUCCUUGUCCCCGUCGGAACAGCGUCCGUCAGUGUGUCCUAUAGCUGGCACUUUCGACUAUCAUUAUUACAUCACUCGCAUGCUCUGGACGAUAUUGGAAUCUGGAGAUACUUGUUUCUGGCGGUAUAGAGAAAAGCGUGGUAAAAGUUCACAGCUUGGUACUUGGUUGAAAAGUGAAGAAGCUACAGAUACGCGGAAGAUGUCACCCAUGACCUCUAUUUUAGCACCCGUAUGUCCUAACAGUGAAUAACACAGGACAUUUUCUGUCAAUUAUCCUUCGUUCUCAGCACGGGAAAUUGACGAUUCAGCAGUAUUGUCUGAUGUGCAUAGAACAUAUAGUCUCACGUGGACAGCCCUAGCCCCGGACAAACCC